UGACGAUUGGAAGCUUCUACAAAACCGUUUACAAACGCUAGCAACGGAGCGGAAGUAUAAAAAUUGCAGUCGCCGGAAACGGACAACUAAGGGUAUCCGCAUUGCCCCACCUCAUAGUCUCAACUUCGGAGAUCGCAGCUAUCUGAGACAAGGAAUUCCACUGUCAACCCACAAGUUUGCGCAACAUCCAGCGGCCUUACCAUCAAUCGAAACCGCGCCGAAUAGAUUGAAAUCGGCUUCACGAAAUCAAGAGCCAUGCCUAUCGAGAUCUCCGCACCGCUCCACCUCCAAACCCUCCUCGGUUCGAAUACCUACCUCCUCGUCGACUUCUAUGCGACAUGGUGCCCGCCAUGCAAGGCGAUCGCGCCUGUCUUUGAGCAGCUCUCGUCUCAACAUACCAUCCCCGGAAAGCUCGCCUUUGCGAAGGUGAAUGUGGACGAGCAGACGGAGGUAGCAGCGAAAUAUGGAAUCACCGCCAUGCCGACGUUCCUGCUCCUGAAGGGGAAUCAAGUGGUUGAGAGCGUGAGGGGGGCGGACGUUCGCCAGAUCAAGUCUAUCGUGGAGAGAGUAGUUGCUGAGGUCGGCAAGGCGGGCACGGAGGAGGAGAAGAAGGAGACCAAGGCGGCGCCAAAGUCAACGGAAGGGUUGUCCAUGGUGGAAAGGCUGGGACUGAAGGCGCCUUGAUGAAUUUGGGUUUAGAAUGAUGAAAGAUACGGAGGACGGCAGACUGAUUCAAGUGGUGGUGGGUGUUCGAAUGAAUGGCACUCGUCGCAUUUGUGGUCAGGAGAGGCACGAUUAUGAGAGCUUUGAUACCCCGAUAAGGUCAUUCGUUGAAUUAGCUGUUUCCAUAGCGCGUUCGUAAAUGAAUACGGACUUAUGGAAAGUC